CCCAGCUUCCCCCAGUAGCAGCAGCAACUGAUCGACCAAGCUGCCCGCACCGACAGCACCCAUGCCCAAAAAAACCAAGCAGGAGCGACCUGCAAAGGUCUCCACCGAAGAUCUCGAUAGCCACGAGAUCGACCUCUAUGCCGAGUUUGGUCUGACCAAGGAGGCCACCCCUGAUCAGAUCAAGCGCGCAUACUACAAGCUUGCACUCACCCAUCACCCGGACAAGGCCAGGCCCGGCGACGCCCAGGCCGAAGAAGAAGUAAAGGAGCGCUUCCAGGAGAUCUCGAAAUGGUACGGCAUCCUCUCCGACCCGGUCAAGCGCAAGCGCUACGAUGCCACGGGCAUCAUCAGCGAUAAGGACUUCAACCUCGAGGACGUGGCCGACUGGGACGCUUAUUUCCGCAAUUUGUGGGGCGGCAAGGUCACAGAAGAGGCAAUCGACGAGUUUGCCGCAAAGUACAAAGGCUCCAGCGAAGAGCAGGCCGAUAUCAUCAAGGCCUAUACCAAGUGCAAGGGCGACAUGAACUCGAUCUUGAACGAGGUUCCGCUCAUUUCUGUGGACGACGAGGAGCGUGUUGAGCAGCUUCUCCGAGAGUUGAUUGACACCAAGGAAAUCAAAGAAUUCAAAAAGUUCAAGGAGACCACGACCAUGGAGCAGAAGGAGCAGCGGCGCCAGGAGGCCAUCGACGAGGCCGAGGAGGCCGAGAAAGAGAGCCUCGCGGCCAAAGCCAAGGGCAAGGCCAAGUCGUCCAAAGGCAAAAACGGACCCGACGACUCGAAGGAAAACUCACUUGCCCAGCUGCUAAGCAACCGGGCCAAGCAGCGCCAUGAGAGCCUGAUCGAUGGACUCAUGAACAAGUACGUCAACAAGCCCAGUAAGAAGGCAGCGCAGCCCGCCAAGACGAGUAAAGCCAGCAAGAAAGGCGCCCACAGCGAGGAUGGCGACGAUUGGAUCGAUGAGGAUGGCGAUGGCGACGACGGCUGGAUCGACCACGACGGAGAUGGCGACGAGGACUCGGGCGAGCCUGUUGCCGAGCCGACCGAGGAAGAGUUUGAGGCGAUCCAAAAACGCAUUCUGAAGCGCAAGCCAAGCGCAAGCGAUACCAAGAAGAGCAAGAAGAAGCCGAUCUGAGCCUGGGCUGUUGGCACCACAUGGCAAUGCAGUACAUGGCAAUGCAGUGCUCGCGGAUUGGAGCAAGACACUCUGCGUUGGUCUGAUCCUGAAUACAUCCGCGCCGGCCUGAUGUGCCCAAUACCCCUGGCAAGUGCAGUGCGCUUGAUAUCUUUGGCAAAUCCAAUCCGCCAUGAACGGCAUCGCCCAGACAACACCGCCUCGACCAAAAUAGAGUUGAUACCCCACGCG